AUGACGACGGUGGGAGGAGGACAACAAUUCGUUCGAGUGGAUUUUACAAACAUCCGACCGAAAGAGAAAAAAGAGAGUUUUGUGGACGAGAGAUUUCACGGAUGUUUAUCAUCAACAACGACAACCCCGCGGUUAAACCAAGAAAACGACGACGACGAAGAAGAAGAAAGAAAUCAAAUCAUGUGCAGAAGAUGCGCUGCUACUGCGGCUACGAGUAGUAGUUCUGUUACGGAGAACAAAGAAGUGCACGAAUUGAAAGCAAUCGUGCUGAAGAACGUGCUCUCGAGCGAGGAGUGUCGAGAGUUGAUCGAAGGCAUCGAAAAGAGGACAGAUCGCGGGUAUUCGUUUUGGAGCAGCGACGAUACAUCAGCUACUUCCCGUAUUAAUGAUUCAAAGUCGUCGUCGACGUCUAUGUUUAGAAACUCGGAUACGGUGGAAGUUCGAUCGAAAGAGAUUGCGGAAAAUUUAUGGAAGCGCGUGAGAAAGUUCAUCUUGGACGAAGAGCUCGUCAUCGACGAAGAUCAUCCGUUACACGAGAGCGGUUUGGAAGGUAAAUGGAAGGCCAACGGAAUUAACGACCAUUUAUUGUUCAAUAAGUACGUAGGAAAAGGACAUUUCAGCCCGCACACGGACGGCGCGACCGUGGAGAGUUUCAACCGUCGAUCGUUUUAUAGCGUGUUGGUAUAUUUGAACACGUGCAAAGAAGGCGGGGAGACGAGUCUGUUUUAUAAUCAGCCGAAAGAGAGUUCGUUGUCGCACUUUGACGUGGACGAGCAAUCUAGAUAUCGUUGGCCGAAAGAUUGGAUCGGAGAUGCGGCGAAGUGCGAGAGAGGAAGCGUGUUGAUAUUUAGGCAAGAGAUUGUGCACGAAGGCGCGCCGGUUGGUGAAAACGCAUUGAAAAUAAUCAUCAGAACGGACGUGAUGUACGAAAGAGUGGAGAAGAAGUGCAACGACGAAAACGGACGACGAGCGUACGAUUUACACAAACGAGCGCAAAACGAAGAAAGCGAAGGGCAUUGGGGAAAGGCGAUCGAGUUGUUGAAGCAGUGCAGGAAAGUCUGCCCAGAAUAUGCCGAUUUAGUUAGAAUUUAG